AAUCAUUCAGGCGUAUCAUCCAUCAAAGUAUUAGUUAUUGCUCUGUACCUUCUUUCAAGGUCUCUGACGUAAAACUCGAAUCAAGGUCGUUCCAACAGGGCUGUCUAAAUUUACUUUUUAAUUUGUGAAAUUUCAUAUAAUUUUUUCGCAAAUUUAAUUAAAAAUUAAAUAACAAAUAAAUACCGUGUGACAGACUUUUAGAUAUAAUUUAGUGCUGUGAAAGUGAAACUGUGUUAGUUAAUUCCCUUUCGGAAAUAUUCUUGUGUGUUUAUCAACUAAGAUUGUAAAUGACUUUUAUUAUACGUAUAUAUACCGGACUUGACAUGACAAUCACUCUUCAGUUUCUCUCUGACCUGUUUACUGUGCGUGUGUACUUGUUCUCGUGCUAUUGAAACUAUUUUAUUUUUAUGAAUGAAAAGUGACAGAAGAUUGUUUUAAAAAGUAGAAAAUUUGAAAAUAAUAUUAAAUAAAAUGGCUUUGGAAGAUUAUAAGGAUAUUGUGGGAACGAGUGCGGCAAUUUCUACUGUGGGACAAAUGUUAGCAGGAGUAUUAAUAUGCAAGGACAUUUACAAAAAACAAUCGUCUAAAAAUAUUGAUCCGAUGCCAUUUAUUGGCGGUCUGGGAAUGAGUGUCUUAGUGCUUCAAUAUGCAUUAAUUCUCCAAGACUUUGCGAUGAUAAAUGUGAAUGUUGUCGGAUUUGUAUUAAACGUUCUCUACACUGGAUUUUAUUAUUCUUAUUGUCCAACAAAAUCGAAUCUUCUGUCGACAUUAGGAAAAACGGCUGCAUUCGUUGCAAUAAUUAUUGGCUAUGCACAAUUGGAAAAUGAAUCCAAAGUGGAAUUUCGAUUUGGAAUUAUUGUCACGACAGUAAUGUUUCUAUUACUCGCAUCGCCGCUCAUUCAUUUGGGAGAAAUUAUCAAGACUAAAAGUACGGAAAUGCUUUCAUUUCCCAUUAUAUUUAUGGCAACAAUCGUCACAUUCCAAUGGCUCUUAUAUGGUCUUAUCAUUGACAAUAGUUUCAUAGUUUUCCAGAAUGCGGUUGGAUUCACACUUUCUGCAUCCGAAUUACUUUUAUUCGUCAUCUUCCCCUCGACUCCUGCUAAAACUGCAUCUUCAAAGGCUGCUAAGAAGGAUAAAUAAUUUUUACGACGAUUCUCUACAACUGUGAUAUUUUACAUUCCUUAGUAGAAAUCGAUAAUUAGAACUGAAAAUUUUUAAUUAGAAAAAGAAUUUAAAUUCGUCUUCUUUUUAAUUCAUUCUCAAUUUCAAAUUUCUCUUUCUCUCUCUAAAAAAAAAUCUAGUACAAUGCAAACAAAGAAAUAGUGUUUCAUCAUAUUUUAAUAUCUCAAUUUUUAAAUCUAUUUAAGAAGGGACUAUAAAAUUGACUCUUAGAUUAAAAAUACAAAUAUUGCUAUAGACAAUGACAUUAAAUAAUAUUAAAGUUCCUAAUAAUAUUAUGAAAAAAACUAGUAAAAUUGGUAUAGAUAAAAUAAUGUAGAUAAAAACAAGUGACCUCUAUUUUUCUUAUAAAAUACAAAAGAAAAUGUAAUUAAUUUCGAAUUAUUCGCUAUUGAAAGAUUGAAAUUAAUAUUAUUUUGUUUAUAUCCAUACAGUGAAGGACAAAUAAUUACAAUUCACUAUUGUUAACUAGCGUUAAAAUAAUUAAAAUUAUGCAAUUACUUUCAAAGAGAAUGUUGCCUUCUAUGUUAAAUCUAUUUUUUGUAACUUAAACAUUUUACAUAAAUAAAAAUUUAUCUUUUAAAAAA